AUGUCGACCGAUGCCGCUCCGUCGAGCAUCACGACCCAGGCCAUAGCCUGCCCCCUGCCUAGGGUCACCAUCCAGUUCUGCACCCAGUGCAAGUGGCUUCUUCGAGCUGCCUAUUCCAUGUUCGUGCCCAUGCUGACGAAUCCCCUCAAGUACGCCCAAGAGCUGCUGAGCACGUUUUCUACCUCGCUGGGAGAAGUUGCCCUGCAACCUUCCACGGGCGGGACGUUUGUCGUCCAGAUAUAUCAUGGCACGGCGGAGGCGAAGACGCUAUGGGACAGAAAGACGGACGGGGGCUUUCCAGAGACCAAGGAAUUGAAGAGAAGAGUGAGAGACGUGAUUGAGCCUGACAGAAAUCUUGGACACGUGGACAGGGAUUAUGGCAAGAAGGAUGAACAGAAGGAUGAACAGGCCGUCAGGGAGGACAAGGACGCAAAGAACAAAACGGCUGAACCGCAGGGCAACGAGCCAAAGUGUGAAGACUGCGCAACAUGA